UCAAAAUAAUUGCGCAAAACUCAAAUAUUUCACUCUAUCUUCUUCCUCCCUUCUUCUCUACUUUUCGGUUUUAGGGCUCAGUCUCACACUACUCAGAAAAAUCACCGAAAUAGCACUGACCCGUCUGCCGCGUCUCUCUCCACCGAGGACUCGCAAUUCCGGUGGGUAUCUACACGUUUUCUGUCGCUCUCCUCGGUGCGUCGUGUUAGCUAGGGUUUCGUGCUUCCCCUUUUUGUUCUUCAGAUGUCAUACAGGCGUAGAGGUGGCUUGAAUGGGAGGGGUGCCAUCAUUCGACCUCCGGGAUACCGUUAUAAUGGCCUAAUAAAUACUCAUAUUAUGGGUGAAGAGACUCAAGAUCAGCUGCCAAAUUAUGGGCAUGUGGCAGAAGAAAGCACGUUGAAUUUUGUGCGUAAUUCUGGGUACCGUGCAACAGCAAGCAUGCUUCAUCAAGUGCCUAGUUCUGUGAUCCAGGCAACAACAAGCACCACCAGCCACCAAGCAGCAGCAAGCACCAAUCACACUUUUCACCAGGCAACAACAAACAUGACAAUGGAAGCACCUAACACAGUUCAUCAAUUGCCAAACACAGUCCACCAGGUGCUCCAUCAAGUGCCCCACACUAACCCCCUCCACAAUGCUAAUGUAGGCAAUAAUCACGAGGCAAUCACAAACACAACUGAUGAGACAGGCAACCCUGAAAAGGAAGAACAUGUGUUGCACCCUGAUGGAUUAUGGUUCUCCCAUCGUGCUGUGGUUGAUAAGGUUUCUGCUACAUCUUAUAAGUCAUAUUUUAAGGGACCCUAUUGCAAUUGGAAGAUGACUCCACCAGAAGUUCAACAGAGGUGGUGGAAUACUUUCAAGCACGAGUUCUCUUGGGAUCCAUCAGUAGCUAAGCUUGUUAAGAAGGGAUGGAAAUCUAAGGUGAGUAGGCGCUUUACUGGUAUAGUGUCAAAGGUGUGCAAUGAACCUGGCUACGAAGCUGAAUGGUGUCCUCCUACCGUAAGGGAAGAAAUGAUUCGGAUUAGAUCAGAAGAGGAGAACAAAAAAAAAAGCAGAGCAAUGUAAGAAAAAUAGGAAUGGAAAUGGAGACCAUAAGAUUCACCAUCGACAAGGAUCCAUAUCUACAGAUGAAGUGAGGCUAAAAUUGGAAAAGAAGCUGGGAUAUCAUCCAUCUCCAUCUGAGGUUUACUAUGAAACUCAUGCGGAUAGUGGUGGUCGCUUUGUUAAUGCUAAGGCAGAAGCUGUGUGGGUAAGUAUCAUGGAACACAACUCUAAGAUACCACUUCUAAGCUAUGUAGUAUGAAUGUUCUCCUAUCGUCUUAGCCUUGGAUUUACUUUAUAAGUUGUGAUAACACCCGGAUGAUGAUUAUUGGAUAUUGGAUAGUGAAUCGAUUAAAUGUUGGAAAUUAAAACAGGUUAAAGUUGACGUAAUUACCUAACUUAAAUUUUAGGUUGUCCAUAUUUAAGGGAAGUGCUGCCGAAAUUUUCACUCAUCACUUGUUCUAUUUGUGUCUGUUGGUGAAAUUUCAGUCAUCACUUGUUCUGCAUGUCAACACUUUAUAGUGCAUUCAUUAUACUAAUUCAACAACCAUCAAGUGCAAUGCAGUCUCUAGGAAUAUUUAUGUUGAGUGUUAGGGAAAAAAAAUUAGUACAAGGCGUAGGAAAGGAACUUUUUUGACAAAUUAAGUCAUAAAGUCAAAGGUAAAAUAUGAACAGCUUUGGGUCCAUAAAACUCACCAAGAUAGAUUUUGCUCAGUGUAUAUGCAAUAACUAUGUGCAGUCCAGAUUUAUCUUCUUCUUAUUGCUUCAGUUGUUUGAAACAAGGUCUUAGUGAAAUCGAAGUCUGUUGUAGUAGUCAUCUAGGUGCCGAAAUCUAUCUGGUUGUAUGAUUUAGUUUCAAAAUUUUCCAUAUGUUAACUUUGCUAGUCAUCACUGUUCUGUUUGUGUCCACAUUUAAGUGAAGUGAAGCCAAUAACCUAAAAUACAACAAUGUUAAGUUAUAGUUUUCUGUUUGUGUCUGUUAGUUCUGAAAUCAGAGUUGGGAGCACAAGGAACAUCCAAAAUUUUGUUUUUUAUGUUACAAAUAUUGAGUAAUAAAUAAUCAGGCACUUGAUCAUGUUUCUUCGUGUUUGUGUUUUUUGGCAAAAUGAUUUUAAAAGUAGAAAAACCGCAAAUCUACAAUGUGAAGUUGAGAAUCGAAAGACUGAAGAUGAGUUGUUCCUUGAAGCUACGGGUGGGUGGAGUGAAAAGGGAAGGAUAUUUGGUUUGGGGGCAACUGCUGAUUCUUUCUAUGAGAGACCGGGAGAUAGGAGAACCAAAAAGUCACGAACAAACUAUGCGAUGGAACAAAAGAGGGAGCUUGAUGAAACUAAGGAGAACCUAGCUGAAACCCAAGAGAACCUUGCUGAAACUCAAAAAAUGCUUGCCGAAACACAAAGAAUUGUGGAGGAUCUUAAUGAAAAAUUUCGACUUAUUGUGCAAGCCAACAAUCUCUCAACCACUCCUACUUCUACAUCCUUGCCUUGAGUUCCACUUAUUUUGUGAAUGGAUGACCGCGACCUUGGAUUGAAGAUUGCUUUUUGGAUUGAAGGUGGAUUUUUUGUACAUGUUGUGAAGUCUGAUGUUAUUUUAUUUAGCAUGCAUAGUACUUAUAUUCUUCUAACAUAGGCCUCAAGGUAUUAUAUUUUGUAAUUAAAGGUACUAAUUGUUAACCUUGAUUAGAGGGGCAGUUUGUGCAUAGUGGUACAAGCUCCUCCACUUGUUGGCUACUUUCUAAGAUUAGUUAAUUGGAGGGGCUGCUUUUGUAGUACAUGAUGUUACUUUUGGACAUACUUGAACAAAUUCUGUUAACAUUAUCAAUUAUCAUUUUGUGA